UUAUUACAUUCGUUUUAGUUGUUGCUUGGGUCAGUGAGUUGUUAGAGUUGUAAUUGCGACCUGCGGGGCGCUAACUUAUGGGAUUAGUUUGCGUGCAGCCCGACAGCGGAGGCUGACUUUGGUGGGAUGGGCUGUGAGGUGUUCAAGAUGGCGGCGCCCUGUGGAGUGCAGCUACUCUAACAGAGGUGCCUGGAGACUGUGUUGGUGGGUGGCCCCAGGAGUCCUCCAGGCAGGCAGGGACAGACACAGCGAUAGAGACGCUGCCUCCCCCUCCAGCACUGCCACCACCAUGGCCAGGGAGCAGCCCAACGUGGGGGACCUCCUCCCGCUCCUUGAGACCUCCGACCUCCACCAGCUAGAAGAGAUCCGAAGCGUCAUCAACGAGCAUCUCAGCACUGAGCGAGGGUCCAUGCUGCUGAACGGGCUGGUGGAUUACUUUUUGGAAACAAACUCUGCCCAGACCAUACAUAUCCUCUCCUCGGUCAGAGAGCCACACGAUAAGCACCUUCUGGACAAGAUGAAUGAGUGUAUGACCAAACAGGCGUGCCGCCUGCCCACCCUCACCCUGCUCGGCCAUGUUAUCCGCAAGCAGCCGUCCUGGAUCCACAAGAUCGCUCGAUACCCUCUGCUGCUCUCGCUGCUCAAAUGCCUAAAGACGGACACGGACGUUGUGGUGCUGAUAACUGGAGUGCUGGUGCUGAUCACUCUGCUACCCAUGAUCCCUCAAGCCGGGAAACAACACCUGUGGGAGUAUUUCGACAUCUUCGGCCGCCUGGCAUCUUGGAACCUGAAGAAUCCCGGGCACAUUUCCGAGGUCUACCUAAUCCACCUGCACGCCAGCGUCUACUCCCUCUUCCACCGACUCUACGGCAUGUAUCCUUGCAACUUUGUGUCCUACCUGCGCUCCCAUUACAGCAUGAAGGAGAACAUGGAAACCUUUGAGGAAGUAGUGAAGCCGAUGCUUGAACACGUUCGUAUUCACCCAGAACUGGUGACAGGAACCAAGGACCAUGAGCUCGACCCCACUAGGUGGAAAAAAUAUGAAAUCCACGAUAUCGUCAUUGAAUGUGCCAAAGUGUCUCUAGACCCCAAGGAGGCCUCCUGUGAGGAGGGCUACGCUACCAUGCCUGAGAACUUUUACCCCCAGAUCCACCUGCGACCACAAGACUGCACUUCCAGCCCCUACACUGACCUCCAAAGCAGCUACGGAAGCUCUUCUUCGACCCCGUUCUCGACUCCACGGCAGCCGCUGCCCCCGCCCCUGUCUUUGCCCCCCUUCUCAGGGACACAGUCCUCCUCCCGCAGCCCACAGACCUCCAGGCGGCAGAACUCCAACUGUGAACUCAACUCUUCCUGUGGGGGGAAGGACUCUCUGUGGAGCCCCUCCUCGUUGUGUGGCAUGGCCACGCCCCCUUCCUCCAGGGGCAUGUCGCCCAACUUGGAGCUCUCCCACAGUGCCUCACACCUUUCCAGCCGCUUCCACUGCACAUCAGGAGGAAAAGGAACGCCUGCCUCCAGCACUCCAGCCACUUCUUCCCCACCUCCCACCCUGUCAGAUGAUUUCCCCAUAAUCUCCUUACCAGCCAACACAGUCCAGUCCAGUCCACCAAGAAAGGACCGUCGACCAGGGGAAAGCAGUAAGCCUGCGCUGGUGAGACAGGAACCAGUAAAAGAUACAGAGAAGUGUGCAGAAGCAGCCACAAACAGAGAUGCUGGAGCUGGCGAGAACGUCUCAAUGACUUUGACGGAGCUGUCGGUCUUCAUGAAGAAACAGGAGCUGGAGCUUCAGCUGAGAACAGAGAAAGAGAGAGAAGAGGCCGCCAUCACAGAGGAGCUGCUGAAGAUCACUGAGGAGCAGCUGGAGCUGUCGGGUCUGAGGGGCUUUGACUCGCCUUUCUACCACACCACUGAGACUCUGACUGGCUGUCAGGCACAAGACAAGACCCUCUCCAACACCCAGUCCGGAGGCCGCGUCAGGGACCCCCACCACACUGUAUCAACGCCGGACAAAGGGGAGACAACUGUGAGUACGAGUAGUGUUGGGAGUGACCGAGGAGGAGCAGGAGACAGCCGGAGCUCUGCCCACGGACUGGAGCAGUCCUGGUCCUUCCAGUCGGGCUUCACCCCCAUCGAUCACCACCUGCACCGGAGCCCCUCCGCCCCUGACGACGAGGUGACCAAGUUUGGGAUGUUCUCUCCGAGCCCGUGCAGCAAGACCCCGGCCCCGGUGCCCUACGAGUCGUUUUUCGACCUGGCUCUGCCCAGGGCGGCCUCGCUCUUUGUGGGCCAAAAGACGUCGGAGGCGGUGCACAAGGCGACGAUGGAGAGGCUGCUGCAGCAGCAAGAGGAGGGGGUGGAGGACGGGGAGGAGGACGGCGUAGUGUCUGCUUCACCACUGGAGGUGCUGGAUCGCCUUGUUCAGCAGGGGAGCGACACCCACGAUAAAGUUCUUAAGAGAUUACCUUUGCCAAGUAAGUCAGCUGACUGGACGCACUUUGGAGGCCCCCCAGGUUCGGCACCGCUGGACGAGCUUCACACGCUGCGCAGCCAGCUGCUCCUGAUGCACAACCAGCUGCUGUACGAGCGCUACAAGAGGGAGCAGCACGCCGUCCGCAACCGACGCCUCCUUCGACGCAUCAUCAACGCCACCGCACUGGAGGAGCAGAACAACGCUAUGAAGGACCAGCUGAACCUGCAGAGUGUGGACAUCGUGUCUCUGAGGGAGAGUCUUCAAGUGGAGCAGCAGCGGUACAGGCAGCUGUGGGAUGACCGGGAGACAGUGGUGACCAGGCUGCACAGUCAGAUCAGACAGCUGCAGCAGGGACGGGACGACUACUACACCAAGAACCAGGAGCUUCAGAGCAAAGUCCAAGAGUGUGAGAAAAGGAUGGACGAAUUGGAGGCAGAACUGCAGAGGGCCAACAACAAAGUCUGCCACACUGGUCACCUCCUCAACCAGAUGACUAUCAAGCUGAGCAACAGUGAGAGCACCCAGCAGCAGAUGAGCUUCCUGAACAAGCAGCUGCUGCUCCUUGGGGAGGCACAUAAGCUGUCCACGCAGGAGUUACACCACACAGGCGCAGAUAAUGCAAAGUGGCCGGCCGUUACCCAGGAGGCCCAGAUGCUGAAGUUGUCUCAUGACAAAGAGGUGGAGACGCUGAGGCAGAGCCUGCUGGUUCAGGGUCAGAAACUAGAGGCGGCGCAGCAGAGAGUCGCCGAGCUGGAGACGCUCCUCUCCAAGAAGGAACACCUCAUCGCAGAGCAGAAGAAGUUCCUCGAGGAUGUGAAAUGUCAAGCAAAGGCGGAGCUGCAGGCCUCAGACAGCAGGUAUCAGGCUCAGAGGAGAAUCACUCAGCUGCUGCAGACUGAACUCCUGCAGCUCUACAGCCGUGUGGAGAUGGAGGCUCCUGCCAGCACCGCCACAUUUACACCACCAGGGGGCAGAGCUGACCCACACACUCAUGCUGACAGCAGUGUCAUGGUGCAAGAUGGACAAUGUAAACCACACACCAACAAGGAGGUGGACAGUAGACUCCCACCACAAGACUCCCCCAGGGGCAACGGCAGCACUUUAUCGCCACGGCAACCAAAGGCGAGCAACUCUUCCAAGACAACAGCCAACUCCAUCAAUGGCAGCCAGGACCUGGCCCCGCCCCUGCUGGUGGAGCCCUCGCUGUCCUGUCCCUACGGCAACUCACUCGCACCCGUGCCCACCUCCGAUGCUCCGCUCACCGUGGGCUCCUAUCCAAGCGCCAAGAGUUUCCUGGGUAUGAGGGCCCGUGAGCUAUUCCGCAACAAGAGCGAGAGCCAGUGUGACGAGGAACAACCGCAGAUGCGCCUGGCAGGCCUUGCCCACGGCCUGAAGACUGAGCUGUGCGUGGAGCCGCCCUGCCCAGGUUAUAUCGCCCCCGUUGGCCCUGCACCUUCCCUUGUCCCGACUCCGCCCCCCGCCCCAGCCCCUGCCCCUGCCCCAGCCCCUGCCUACGCCACUGCUCUCACUGUCCCCACCAAGGAACCCCCCUCUGAGCCCAAGCAGCGGGCCUCCAGCCAGGAAAGCCCCCGCAGGAAGACGGGGUCAGGUGGAGGGCGGGGUCAGGUGAGUUCAGGGCGCCCCCGGCAGCAGCAGCUAAAGAUCAUGGACUAUAAUGAAACACAUCACGAGCACAGUUAGAGACACUGGACUGAGCCGGGACGCAGGGCGGGCGUUGAGAGACUGAAGUUUAAUGAUGGAGAAGAGCUACAAAUCAGCAAAAGAGUAAAAUGUCAGCAACUCUUUGGAAUUCAGUGUUAUUUGUUCCAUUCCUCUGAGUGGACAACAGGAUUUCCCAAAAUGUUUACUUUUUUUUUUCUUUCUAUUAUUUAUUCCGAGUCAUUCCCAUGAAGAAUUUUGACAAUGUGACAGAGAUACAAAGUCAAUGUGUUGUUGCCAGUCAAGAUGCUAUUUGGAUAAGACAAAAACGCUCAAAGAUAUGCCAACAGGACGGGAUCGAAGUUAUCAAUAACUUGUAUGUGAGUCUGAUGUUUUAAAGAGUCAGUUCACCCAAUUUACAAAAAGCCCACUUGGCUCCAGUUGUACAUGCAGAAAGUUUAAUUAAUUAAUUAGUCCAAACUUUCUGUCUUUGAGGUUUCUGCCUCCAAAACCAAAACAAUGGAAGUAAAUGGAAUCUUGUUUGUGGUGCUCCCAGCAUUGAAAGCCCACAGCAAGUGUCACGGUUACUUUGGGUAAUCCAAACUUUCUGUUGUUGUUUUUGAACAAUCUGUUUAUUGGAUUUUACAUAGUUAUAAAACAAACAGAUGUACAAUAAUAUUCCAUACAGUAGUAAUUUCAGAUGUAAACUCUCCACAAACCUUUUUGAGUUUUAAUUGGAACUAUGUUCUACUGAAGAAAUCGUCCCUUUGAAAAACGUUUACAGUUCUGAUAAAAGGUUUACAGGUCUGUGUAUUAUCCAGAGUAAUGGGAGCACUGGAUUUGGAUUUGUAAAUACUGUGAGCACCACAAAUAAAGUUCCUUUCACCUAUAUUGUGUUGCCCAUGAAGAAAAGAAUUGCAGAGACAAAUAUCUCAAGAUUUAGACAAAUAAAACUUAAACUAUCUGCUCUAGUUGAUAUCACUGGAGCUAAAUGAGAAAAUGGUUUGGUAGUUUGAGUGUAGUGAUCCUUUUUAAAAUCCAAUUGGCAAUUAAAAAAUUUGUCAAGGCUAGCUUUGGCGUUGACUGCGGACCGAAAUAUGUUUUUGAUAUCAGAGUGCAUGUUGGGUGUUACAUCAGAACGGUGGAGGUGAUCAGUAUGUAGAAGUUUUUGGUUUGGGGAAAUCUAAUAGAGGACUGAAUUGGAAAACUAACAUUUCCAUACAAAACUCCAUUGAGUUUUUGUCCAAAAUAAGUCAAAGGGAGAAUGUGUUUUGUUUGCGAAUGUGCAAGCCUGUAGGUGAUGCAGUUGUGCUUGUUCUUGUUUUUUGGCAAAGAGGAAAGUGUGUGAAAUUUAGAAGAUAAUGAAAUUGUAUGCAUUUUUAUGAAUUCCACAUUCUGUACCUUUUUUAUAAUUUUUAUUUAUCCAGCUAUGAAAGGCACUCAGAAGUACAUAUCCUAAAUUUAAAUCAGACCUGCCAAGUGACACAAGUCCAAGCUAUAAAAAAAUAAAAAGAUCAUCGUUUACUGUUCAAGACUACCAGCUGAUCAUUUUGUAGUGCCAUGAAAACAUUUUUGUUCUGGCUGAAUUCUCUUAACAGAAGUGUUGUUUUUCAUGUUGCGUGUACAUUCAGCUGGUUAAGUGUGUGAAACAAAACCAAAAACAUAUUGUCCAAUCAGGUUCCCUCUGCAGGUCUAGUAAACAGGGAGUUACCUCGUUUCUACCGAGUAUUAGAAGUAAAGUCCGGUAUUGAAAGUCGUCCAAAUCCUGUUGUCCACUGGGAACUCCUGCUGUCACUUCCUUUUGCCUCGCUAUCUAAAGCAUGUUCAACAAUCCACUUUAAAUGCCAACCGUUGUAACUACCGCAAACAAAGACAGAAGGUACAAUCAGCACAAACUGAAGAAACCAGGACUCUGACCAGAGCUGGAGAAUCUGGGAUAAAAUGGCAAAAAAGGAAGUUCCUAAAGCAGUUGCUUGUGUUUAACUGUGAACAAUAAAGAUCGUCUUCAAUGUUUUGCACUACAA